GUGGAAAAAGUGAAUGAGUCCAAAGCAGGAGAGCCUAAAAGCAAAGACUUCUACAUAACAGUUUUUAUUUGGAUGGACGAGACACAAGAACUGACGCAAGAACAGAUAAUGGAGUUUAAAGAGGCGUUUUGUCUGUUUGACAAAGAUGGAGAUGGUUGCAUCACUGCUGAUGAACUUGCCACUGUGAUCCGUUCGUUGGAUCAGAAUCCGACCGAACAAGAGAUUCAAGAUAUGAUCAAUGAGAUCGACUCUGAUGGUAACGGCACCAUCGAAUUCUCUGAGUUUCUCAACCUCAUGGCCAGCAAAAUCCAGGAAACUGAUGCAGAUGAGGAGCUGAAAGAAGCAUUCAAAGUGUUUGACAAAGACCAAAAUGGUUACAUCUCUGCCAGUGAGGAAGGGCUUAACCGGGAUGCAGCCAUACACAGCCAAAUCUCUCGGCCUACAAGUUGCAACACUUCUGUGACAUGAAAGAUUAUGUUGUUUUGUCCAACUUCAGUGUGGGUGGAUUCAACACCCCAUUAGCAUUUCAUGAAUUGUUACAUUUUGCUGCUCAAAACAGUCCAAAUACUUGGAUCCAUCACGAGUUUUUCCAAAUCUCCGGAAUAUGGCCUCUGAGCUGAUAUCCGCUUAGAUAAACCUCUCUCAAUCUAGGCAUCUCCAAUAGAAACAAAGGAACGCCAUUGUUUCGAUCCUCUUUAGAUUGAUAUAAAGUAGAGACUAACAGACUAAUAGUUCAGUUAAUCUAUUAUAUAAUGACUGAGUUGUGUUUCAGUAUGAGAUGACAUCUCAGCACCUCUCUCCCUGACAUAUCAGCAGAUCAAUUUUCUUAAAACUCAUUUUAUUAUUUAAAAGUAUCACAGAGAUUUCUUUCUUUUCCUCAGAUCUUUAAACCAAAAUUUUUUUUAACAUUCCAUCGUUCCAACUUAUCUUUAAAAACAAAAUUACAAUGCGCUUAGAAUUCAGAAAAGUCAGUAGCUUAGUUUAUAUCCUCUGCUUCCACAUUCCAUCUUCUCCUCGCCUUCUUCUCUCCUCUUCUCACCUCUUCUCUCUGACGCUAAUCCAUCCCGACACUUGGAAGCGAAGAUGCAGCUGAAAUAGGCGAUCUCCCGAACUGGUUCUGGAAAAGUGUCCAGGUGACGCCGUCUGGGAAAUCGCGACGGCUGGAGUAGGAGAACGAAGAAGGAGAUAUGCCUGAGGCAACGGCGGCGCAAAUGUGGAAAAUAUGAGAUUGAAGCAACAACGAAUAAUAGUCAGCAUCCUUUGCUCAAUAUAGGGUUUUGUUCUUCACUUUCUUCCAUCUACUUAUUCUUCUUCUUCUCGAGCUUCCGGGGAGAUUCUAAUGUCCAGUUCGGUGAGUUUUCUGCGAAUAGAGUCGAUUUUCGAAUUACUUUUCUUCUGAAUUUGGUUGGUCUGUCUCGUAACUUAGCUUGUAAAGUAAUUUUUCUGUGAGUUUAGAACUCGAGAUUUCUUAGUUCCUGCGUAGUAUUCUUACUUUAUUUCAAUGAUUUUAUUCCCUUUCUCUAUUUACUUGUAUAAAUUAAUCAAUUGGAUUAAGCCUAUGUACGAGCUAUUUCAUUAAUCUUGCUAUAAUUCGCUUGAGACCUUUGUAUUGAGUUCUGGGUGGAGUUGCAAUGCGCUUCAUGAUUUGGGUAUUUUGGUGACUUGAAAAAAUUGGAUUUCCAUGUUUGAAACCGUUGAUUAGAUUUAUCAUUUGAACCUAAUUCUGGCUGAAUCUGAAAUUGAAGCUAUAGUUGCUUUGACAUGGAAUGGAUGAUUGGUGAAUGCCGGAUUCGAGGAGAAUCUGUCAUAUUCAGCACAUUGUGUGGAAAAUUAUGAUGGAGCAUCUGAAGAUUUUUGCUAAAUAGAAAGGAAUAAGAAUCUAUAAAUGAUCUGAGUUUAAAAACAAGGAAACUCCACGAAAAUCCUCGUGGCUUGGUUUCUCUCUAAUGUGACUCAGAGUUUUGGUAAGACAUCAAAUGUAAGGCUGGAUACAGUGUUCUAAAUUCACCAGGUGCUUGUAAAGAUGGAAACGAGGAGAAGAAAUUUGAGCAAGUAAUCCCGCCGGUGAAGAUCGACGAUACUGAGAAAAUCACGAACGAAGCAGCGACCAAUGCAUUACGAAGAUCCGUUCACUAUCUCUCGGCGUUGCAAAGCAGUGACGGUCACUGGCCAGCUGGAAUCACCGGUCCACUCUUCUACGUUCCCACGAUGGUGUUCUGUUUCUAUAUCACAGGACAUCUUGAGGAGAUGUUUACGGGAGAACAUCGUAAAGAGAUGCUUCGAUAUAUCUAUUGUCACCAGAAUGAAGAUGGUGGAUGAGGAUUACACAUAGAAGGCAAGAGCGGUAUGUUUUGCACCGCACUGAACUACAUAUGUUUUUCGCAGAUAAGUAAUAUCACAAUUUCCGGAGUCGUUCUCGCCGGUGUAGAGACUGCCAUCGUGGAAGACGGACACACCGGGUUGCAUCCGGAUGAUAAAUUCGACCAGGACGCAUUCCCAGUUGUGACGCAUAUCGUCAUGCGGAACUUCCCCGGAGAGGAUAUAGGAUUGGCCGAUAGUUUCACCAGAAUCGUAGAAUCGCCGUUCACGUCGAUCUGCCUCGCCGAUAUCCAUUUGCAUACAAGUUCAUGAACUUAGGUUUGCUCCAACGUCUCUGGUUUCGCAUACGACGUAUCGCCGGAGCCUUGUGCAUAACUCAUGCGUACUCUGUCGUCGUGCUUCGCCGGUGGUAGCACAUACGGUGGAGAUACGGCGGCUUAGUCCUACUACAGUUGGUAAUUAUAGUAAAUUAAUAAAUGGCGAUGAAGAAGAAGAGAGUGGGGGUGGAGUUUGGUUUACGAUACGAUUAAAUUUUCAAUUUUUUUUGUCAACAAGUCAUAAAAUUUGUUGUUAGAGGAAGAAGAAAAAAAAAAGACAAAAUUACGUUACGAUUCACAAUGGGAUGUAAAUGGGGUUGUGACAAAGAGAAAACACCGAAAUUUUUUUAAAAAACAACUUAUUCAAAUAUACGUAAAUCAUUUGGUA